AUGUUUCACAAAUAUACCUUUAAGUUAGUCGGUGCUCUUGGUACUAUAUUGCAAUACGGAUGCGUAACACACUGCGCCUUGGAAUACAUCGGAGAUUUCGUUGUGUGUACAGGUCCAUCUAUGGAACCCACAAUAUACAGCAAUGACGUUUUAUUCACGGAACAUAUAUCACCACGCUUGCAACGAAUGUCAAAGGGUGACAUAAUUAUUGCGAAAUGUCCAUCGAAUCCACAGCAGCAUAUUUGUAAACGGAUUACAGGACUUCCUGGGGAUAAAGUUCGUCAUGGUUACACUACAUAUACAGUUCCAAUAGGACACAUUUGGCUCGAAGGUGAUAACAAUAGUAAUUCUGCAGACUCUCGAAUAUAUGGACCCGUUCCCCAGGGACUUGUAAGAGGCCGUGCUGUUUGUAAAGUUUGGCCUUUACACGAUAUCACAAUGUUUACUACAAAAUACGUUCAACAGGAGUAACACCAUGUAUUUCAUAUUUUUUUGUAAUAAAUGCUAUAGAGUGUUUUUCUUAUGAGAA